AUGUCUGUUAAUUCGCGCAAGAGGAAGGUAGCGACAAAGGCUGCGCCUGUACAGAGCAGCUCGGAUGAAGAACUGGCGGAUGGUCUGCUCGAUGGCAUCUUGUCGCAUUCGGAAGACGAGUCGGAAGACGACCAGGAUGCAGAGGAUACCGAUGCGAGCAGUGUGAUCGAGGGGUUAUCGGACGAGGAUUUUGAAGACGAAGAAGAUUCAGGCGACGAGGCCGAAGAGAUUCGCAAGCAGAUGCGAAAUCUCAACACCUCCGGAGGCUCACAGCAGCGCAAGACAAGACAGCCAGCGCAUGAAAGACUAGACGACGGCGCAGAUGGCGAGUUGGAAGGAGAAGAAGACGAGAGCUUAAAACCAAACUACACUGUCACGACCGAUGCGCAUGGUCAGGUCCGUUACCUGUACAAAGAAAUCGACCCCGUCUACGAGUCCGACGAUUCCGAUGCUGAGGCGACCAACACGAUUGGAAACAUUCCUCUGACAUACUACGACGAAUACCCACACAUUGGCUAUGAUAUCAAUGGAAAGAAGAUCAUGCGACCUGCGAAGGGCGAGGCCCUCGAUGCGCUCCUGGACAGCAUCGACAUACCCAAGGGAUGGACUGGCCUGACGGAUCCUCAGACAGGCAAACCAUUGAAUCUGUCAGAGGAAGAGCUAGACGUACUGAAGAGGUUGACUAGAAAUGAAGUUGUAGAAGAUGGCUAUGACCCCUAUCCCGAGAUGGUGGCAUACUUUUCUGGAAAGCAGGAGAUCAUGCCCUUGAGCGCUGCGCCAGAGCCGAAACGACGAUUCAUUCCUUCCAAGCACGAAGCCAAGCGCGUCAUGAAGAUUGUGAAGGCGAUCAGAGAAGGCCGCAUUAAGCCGUAUAAGGCGCCGGAGGAGCGGGAAGAAGAUGAGCAGAUUUCGUAUGAUGUUUGGGCAGAUGAAAAGCCUCGUCCUGAGCACUCGAUGCACAUACCUGCCCCCAAGCUACCUCCACCAGGGUACGAGGCGAGCUACCAUCCACCGCCGGAGUAUUUACCAGACAAGGCCGAGGAAGAAGCAUGGCUGCAAGCGGACGAGGAGGAUCGCGAGAAGGACUUCCUGCCCAAAAACUACGAAGCAUUGCGCAAAGUUCCCGGGUACGAGACGUUUGUCAAAGAGCGUUUCGAGCGCAGUCUGGAUCUAUACCUGGCACCUCGAGGUAUAUUCGUUGCCAGUGGAGGCGAUGAUGGAUAUGUGCGCAUAUGGGAGCUUCUGACCGGCCGACAAGUAUGGAAUGCGAAAUUGUCAGACGAGGAAGCCGUCGAUGCUGUACAAUGGAGACCUACCAAAGAUGCUUCAGUCCUGGCUGCUGCCUCCGGAGAGCACGUCUACCUGAUUGUUCCCUUUACGCUUUUGUCUCCCGACGUCGAACAAUCUAGUCGCGAUGUACUGGACGCAGGUUGGGGUUACGCAACUUCGAAACCCUCCACGGCAGCCAAUGGCGAAGCCCCGAAGCAAUCACCCGGGAAGUGGAGUCGCCCUGGUAGCCGCAUGGAGAAUAAGGGAAUACUGGUCCAGAUUGAAGUUCGUUCCGCCGUCAAGAUCAUCAACUGGCAUAGGCGAGGAGACUACUUCGCCACAGUUUCUCCUCGGGGACAAAGUACUGCAGUAGCCAUACACACAGUCUCGAAGCACCUGACUCAACUCCCAUUCCGUCGCCUCAAGGGAAUCGCUCAGACCGCGCAAUUCCACCCUUCCAAAGCCAUUUUCUUCGUUGCCACGCGCAAUACUAUCCGCAGCUACGAUCUCGCGAAGCAAGAGCUUGUCAAGAUCCUGCAACCUGGUGCCAAGUGGAUCUCAUCCAUCGACGUCCACCCCGGCGGAGACAACAUCAUCGUAGGCACUUACGAUAAGCGACUCCUGUGGCACGACUUGGAUCUCUCAAACAAGCCUUACAAGACUCUGCGGUUCCACAAGGAAGCCAUCCGAGCUGUCAAGUUUCACCAAGGAGGUCUGCCACUCUUUGCGGAUGCUAGCGACGACGGUAGCUUGCAAAUCUUCCACGGCAAGGUCGUGGACGAUCUCAUGGAAAAUGCUACUAUUGUGCCAUUGAAGGUGCUUCGGGGUCACAAGGUCAAGAGCAGGUUGGGUGUGAUGGAUCUGGACUGGCAUCCCAGGGAGCCGUGGUGUGUUAGUGCUGGAGCUGACGGGACGCUGAGACUGUGGAACUAG